AUGCAUACAUCGAACGGACUUCAAGUCAUUUUCGGUGCGGCCGGCAUUGGCCCCGAGUCCUUUCGUGAUGUUGCGAGACAACAGCUGGAUGUUCUCUUGGCCGAAGGCAUCACGGUCUUGGAUACUUCUGAGAUGUACCCAGGGUGUGAGGAUGAGCUUGCAUAUCUGAAAGCUACAGACAAAUUCGAGAUUCAUGCCAAGGUCGCUGGAGGUGCUAGCCCUGGAAGGCAGCAUGAUGCAAUCAUCGAAGCUGGCCAAGAACGUCUUCGAAAGCUGAACGUGGACCAAGUCGAAAUCUUUUAUCUUCAUGCGCCUGACAAUUCGGUGCCCGUGUCCGACCAAGUCAAAGCAUACGAUGCCUUGUACAAACAAGGUGCAUUCAAGCAUCUCGGCCUCUGCAAUUUCACUCCCGAGGAGUUGGAAGAGUUUUACAACGCUGCCAAGUCGAACAACUGUGUUCUUCCGACCGUCUACCAAGGCUCUUACAGCGCCGUCAGUCGUGUCGCCGAGAAGGAGCUCAUUCCUCUACUUCGCAAGUUGGGAAUCCGCUACGUUGCAUAUGGGCCGAUCAGUGGUGGCCUACUUGCAAAGUCUAGGGAGGAACUCCUCAAAGGAACUGGGCGGUUUGACCCCAACAAUUUCGUUGGAACAGUCUACAAUGCCCUCUUCAAUAAGCCUUCCUACCUCAAGGCGCUGGAUGCAUGGGGCGAAAUUGCUGAGCAGGCGGGAAUCCCGAGGGCCGAACUGGCAUAUCGGUGGAUCAUUUUCCACUCUGCGCUUAGUGGUGAGCAUGGCGACGGAAUUAUCUUCAGCGCUAGCAGUUUGAAGAACACCAUCAAGUUCUUUAAGACAGGGCCACUUGAAAGCGAUAUCGCAAAGCGGGCUGAUGCCGUUUGGAAGAUCGUAGAGGCUGAGGCCCCUCUGGACAACUGGCACGGAUACUUGAAAGGGUUGUUCUAA